AUGCCUGAACAAUAUCAUUCAUUUUUUCAAACAAAUUUAGAUCUUUUAUCUUGGCUAUUUUUUACUUCUUUUAAAACUUGUUUAGAAGAUUUAAAAGUAAAAGAAUCAAAUAACCAAGAACUAGAAAAAAAUGCAAAUGAUAUAUAUAGUAUUACGUUAGAUGACAUAAUAAAAGCUAGUGAACAACUUUCUUGUAAUUCUAAUGAACCUGAAGUUAAAAGGAAGGUGCAGUUAAUGAUACUAAUGAAAGAAUAUUUAAAAAAAAAGUUAGAAGCUGAUAUUAAAAUUGAACUGCCACCAACAGAAAAGGAUUUAUCCAGAUUAACAAUUAGACAAAGGUGGUUUUUAUAUUCCUGUUGGUUAAGACGUACAAAAGAAAUGUUGGAUCUAAAAUUAAUGCAACAUGGAGAAAAUUUAUGGAAAAAAAAUUUAUCCAUGUAUCUCUGUUUAUUCACGAGCCUAAGGAUACAUUGUGUUUCAAAGAAGAAAACGUUACUUUGGAGUGUAAAGUAA